ACAACAACUCUUUACGACUUUAUGGAAGAAAAAAUAUGAAAGAAUAUUGUCUCUAGCAGGAAAAUGAGUAUUGCCCUAAAAAAUAGAAAUUAUAGAUGGAAUCGACGAUGCUUCCUUUCUCCGCCUAUGAAGCCUCGUGCGAACCAUCCUUGGAAAACCCAUUUUCUCAUCCUUUAUAUAAUCGCCCGCCCGCACCCACUCUCUCUACCCUAUCCAAACUCCAUCUUUUCUUCUCUUUUUCUUUCAAUUUCAACUCUCAAUUUCAAAAGACAGAAAAAAAGGAGAGAAUAAAUGGCAUCACCGGAUGAAGCCUCUGCACUUGACCUCAUCCGGCACCACCUUCUCCUCGACUCUGUUUUUCUCGAGCAAUUCUCCUCCCCGCCGGAGCCGCCGGCUGUUUCCAGCCCCACCAAGAGGUUCUGCGAGAGGAAACCCACUCUGAGUAUCGCGAUUCCGAGACCUCAGGCGAAGAAAUCGGCAGCUCAAGAAUCCGGCGAGAUCAAGAGGCACUACAGGGGAGUGAGGCAGAGGCCGUGGGGGAAAUUCGCGGCCGAGAUCCGCGACCCGAACCGGAAAGGGUCCCGGGUUUGGCUUGGGACCUUCGAUACCGCCGUGGACGCCGCCAAGGCUUACGACCGGGCGGCGUUCAAGCUGAGGGGAAGCAAAGCCGUGCUCAAUUUCCCGCUCGAAGUCGAGAAUUUCCGGCCGGGGGACGACGAGUCCCAGCCGCCGGCGGUGAAUUCGUCCCGGAAAAGGGCAAGGCAAACUCGCGCCGGGGAUGAACUGGCGGUGAUUAAGGAGGUUAAGAUGGAAGUGGAGGAAGUGUCAAGUAACGGGACGGACGACGGAGUCCCGACGGCGGCGGCGGCAGCUCCUUUAACGCCGUCAAGUUGGAUGGCGGUGUGGGACAGUGGUGAAGCGAGGGGCAUAUUCGAGAUUCCACCUUUGUCGCCAAAUGUAUACGGUGGUUAUUAUGGGAUUAUUAAAGUUUAAUUACUCCUACGGAGUACACUUGAGAUGUUUUAUUGUCAAUCAUUAAUUUAAACAUAAAUGAUGCUACAAAAAUAGGAAGUUGGAUAAGGUUUUUCUCCGAAAUUAUUUAAUUUAAAUCCACGAGGGCAUAUAGGUUUUGGUUUGAAGUAAUUAAUGUAAAUAUAUAUUCUUAGUCUUG